GACAGGUCUUUGUUGAGAAAGCUCGCGUAUUGCGAAAUACGAAAUGUAAAUAUGAAAACGCCGCGGUCGUAGUUUAUAGUCGUAGUGUACGGAUACUUUCACGACUUAAGGACAGCAACGAUGUGGUCAUACACUAAAAUAUGGAGAUGAAACGACACGAUAAGCCGGGCAGCUUGUCGCCCGUGAAGAUUAGGAGUGAGGAAGGGCGAGCUGGAAGGUCGGAGAAGGAGCUGAAGCUGCCGCCGGAGAAAUCACUCAGUGAUGAUAGGCAACGACGCUUGUCACGGGCCAGCGAAAGUUCUAAGGGCACGAUAGACAGACAGGACUCCAGAUCAUCGCUAAGCCCAAAAGUUCCCCGCAAAUACUUCACUAAUUGGAAACAAGCUUGCGAUAAAACAAAAGAUAAAACGAAAGAACUGCUGAAGCGUUGGAAGACGUUACCGGAAGGUGAAGCUGCACAGAUGUCAGAGCCCGGUCACAGCGAGGAAGAAAAGCACGGAUGGAGCGUGCACGUUUGGACUACCUGGGUAAAUCGUUGCAGUGAAGACCUGGAAUGUCUGGAUUUAGAGGAAGAACAGCCCUUAGCCCAGCUAAGCGCCGUACAAAAUGAAAAGAUGACACUUUUCUUUACUGAACUUCUGGACCAUGACCGAGAUGACGUUAUCUGUGACCAAGAUUUUGAUACAUUUUUUGAGAAGCUGGCCCAUUUUGCGGAUUGGUCGCCCAACUCGUCGGAGUUUCACAUACUCCUGGAAGUUAAGAGAGAAUUCAUCGAACAUUUCCUGGACCCGUUGCCCAACAAAUUUGCAGAAUUACCCUACUACAGACGCGUUUGUGGUCCCGAAGCUGGAGGCUUACCUGGACGAACUACACUUGAAGGCUGGCUGGCCAGAUGGGCGCUUCUAUUGAGUGAACCAAACAAGUUUGCGGAUUUACCAUUGUAUUUGCAGUACUUCUGCAAGAUUUUGUUCCACAUUAUUGAUAGGACAGGUGUUGGAGAAAUAACAAAGGAUGCCCUUGCAUCAUUUUACCGGUCAGUGAUUGGUUUACCAGCGAAAAGAAUAGAAGAAAUUAUAGAUACUGCUUACGACCGGAUGACGAGUAAUAGCUACCUAAUCCUGGAUUACGGCACAUUCGUUCACUGUUACAUAAAUUGGCUCAUGGGGAAGAAUCCCAACGGUCCAGGACAGUGGGUGCUUGUCCCUUCGAAGGACUCCCUCCCACAGCCGCCUUUUCCCGUAGACUAUAGCGCCUUAAACACAGAACCUGGCAAGUUAGAACCAUAUGCACCAGAUAAAAAAACUAAUCGACACUCUGUUAUCGUUUAAGUUGAUGUGAAAUGAAUUGUUACGUCAUAGCUCUAUAAUAGUAAAUACAGUGUUACCAGGUUAGCUAACAUAAUUAACGGGAUUGAGUAUGACAGUUGAAGAAUUAUUUAAAAGUAUAUUAAUUUAUUCUUCCCAAAUCGCAUGCGUAUUUUUUGUUGUUGUAGGUAUAUAAUUUUAGGUGAAAAUCUCGAACAAUUAUAUCCAGUGAAUUCAAUUGUAAUAACAAAAUGUGUAUUUACUUUUAAAGUUGUGGUAGUCGCGUUACUAAAUAGCAUGACUUAUGUCGUAGUGGCUGACAGUGAGUACAUGCGACAUGUCAAAAACCAAACUUUUUCACUUUUCCACAUGUUCCAUACGCUUACCUACGAGAUUGAUAUAUCAAUUAGAUGUACUUAAUAAUUUGAUAACAAUAAGCUGAUAAACAAAAACCCUUAACUGAUCUUACGAAAACCAAUUGCGAUGUAGUUCUUGCAAUUUCCAUAGCACUAAUUUUAAAAAAUACGUGGUACGAAAUUUCAAUUUUGGUGAUCGGAUCUUAAAAAGUUUUUCAGGGUAAACUUGCCGAUCGUAUGCUGUCUAAUGUACUUUACGUUACCCUUGGAUAACAAAUAUUUUUACAAUAAAUAGUAAUGUUUACCAAAAGUAUAGUUAAACGAGUUAAAAAAGUAUGAAUGAUAAUAUUCUCGUGUACAUACAUUUUGUAUGUCUGUAAUACAUAUAAACGGUUUCAUGCUUUAUACACAUGUACAAUUAAGAAUUUAUAACACACUGACAAAAAUUUCAAGUAGUUACGUAAUUUGUACUAAAAACAGUAUGAAAAAGUACAAUCUUUUCGGUAUUCAUAUUUGUUACUGUCCUUCGUGAAGUUAAUCAAUUUCCUACGGUUCAGCAAAAGUUCUGAAGACAAUUACACUUUGUUUAUUUAUUUAGCCGAAGUUUAAAUAUCGAUCAUCAUUGAUUGAAUAAAAAGUUUUAAGAGAAAAAUAGCUCUCGUUUAUUUCAUGAAACGAAGGAAAACCAAGAUAUUCUUCAAAGAAUCUCUCUUGUAUUCCUAAUAAGUAAAAAACAUAAUGAAUAUAGCUUAUAGUAGUCUCAAAGAACUUUGCUUUGCUUUUAAGUCUAGCAAAAGAACAGUCCAUAGUAGCAGGACUAUAUUGCAACAAUACAUAUUGUGUUGUCCGCCGUUCAUAAGAGUGGUGAAAUUAUUUUUAUGCUAUAAUUUCUAUAAACGCCUAAACUUUUGAAUUGUUGUAUAUGGCAAUUUUACGGACCUGUGUAGUUUUAGCUUAAAUAUGAAAAAACUAGAUUACUGAGUCUUGGUCGGCCUAGUUUGUUGGCUCCACAAAACGUCACUCAAACGACUCAUCCUACUCUUAAAUUCUGCUUAAUUGAAAUGAAACGCUUUAAUCUUUUGGUAACUUGACCAAUCUAUACGCCUUUAGGUAUUUGAUAAGUGUAAAUAGUCGAGUAAAUACGUGCACAACACGGUAAGCAAGAACUGCCUUAAUGUAAGUCUCCUCACUUUACGUAUAGCCUUAUUUUGUACCUUAGGUAUAGUUUAUUCUAUUGUAAAGUCACCGAAUAAAGAAUUUA